GAAAGGUUUAAGUGAGGGACCAGAGUGUUGCUGCUAUAGAGACGAAGCUAAGCUUAUCUGAUGAGCGGCAUACUGGGAAGGCAUAUUGAAAGAAAACUGUCUAAAUAAAAGGAAGUUCAAGUAGCUUGCAAUGUCUGGGUCUGAGAACAAGGAUAUUAAUGAAGUCAACUCCAAAUGGUUAGAUGCUCAUUACGAUCCAGUGGCUAAUCUUUAUACUUUCUCCUCAUGUGUAGCACUUGCGGACCUGAAUGGAGAUGGAGAAAGUAAGCUGGUGGUGGGAGACUUGGGUUCCGGAGCCUCCAAUAUGAAGCUGAAGGUUUUCAAAGGAACAAGCUUGAUGACUGAGAACACCCUUCUGGAUUUACCAACUGGGCUGGUGGCAUUUCACAUGGACCAGAAUGAGCCUCGUACUCCAGCUAUUGCUGUGGCAUCUGGACCCUUCAUCUAUGUAUAUAAGAACCUAAGGCCAUAUUUUAAGUUUACUCUGCCUCCUCUAGAAGUCAAUGAAUUAGAACAGGAGGUCUGGAGUCAAGCCCGUGAGGAUAAAAUUGAUCCAAUGUCCCUAAAAGAAAUGUUGGAAGGUAUCCGAAACAAAGCUCAAGUUCCACUGUCUGUCAGAUCCUUAAAGUUCUUGAUGCUUGAACAUCAAGAUAUGGAGUCAUUUGUUAAUAUGCACAAGCAACAACCAAUCAGGCGACAGACAGUGAUCACUUGCAUUGGCACUUUAAAGAAAAACAUGGCAGAUGAGGAUGCAGUCAGCUGUCUAGUGAUAGGCACAGAAAAUAUGGAAAUCUAUGUUCUUGACCCAGAAGCUUUUACCAUUCUGUCUAAGAUAAGCCUUCCUAGCACUCCUGCAUUCAUGGACGUGACUGGACAGUUUGAUGUUGAAUUUAGGAUUACUGUAGCCUGUAGAAAUGGCAAUAUUUACAUUCUUCGACGUGAUUCCAAGAAACCAAAAUACUGCAUAGAACUGAGCUCCCAUGCAGUUGGUCUGGUGAGAGUUAACAAAAACAUUGUAGUUGGCUGUACUCAGGAAACUUUGCAUGGGUGUACACAAAAGGGUAAGAAACUGUGGACUACAUAUUUACCGGCCUCUAUCGUUACAAUGGGACUAAUGGAUCACAAAUCUAGAGGCUUCCAAGCUGUACUUGUUGGGUUGGCAAACAGUGAAGUACACAUGUAUCGUGACAAAAACUUGGUGAACAUUAUCAAAACUCAGGAUGUGAUUACUAGCAUUUGCUUUGGCAAAUAUGGACGUGAAGAUGGAAGCCUUAUAAUGACAACAAAAGGAGGUGGCCUUAUCAUUAAAAUCUUGAAAAGAACAGCAGUUUUUGAUGAAAAAGACACAACUCCUGGGCCUCCAGUUGCUCAGAGUGUUAAGCUGAAUGUUCCAAAGAAGACCAAACUAUAUGUGGAUCAAACAAUGAGGGAGCGAGAGAAUGCAGUAGCAAUGCACAGGGCAUUUCAAAUGGAUCUGUAUCGCCUAAGACUAACAGCCGCCCGAGCCUAUGUCAAAGCUCUGGAGUCCAACUUAACUCCUAUGUCUUCAAGUGCAUCUGAGCCUCUCAAGAUGAAUGCUGUGGUCCAAGGCCUUGGCCCAUCUUUCAAACUGACUCUGAACAUCCAGAACACAUCAGUGUGCAGACCAUCAAUGAAUCUAGCUAUCAGCUUUUGGUAUGAUGAAAAGCUUUAUUCUUUGAAGACAUCCUUCUUUAAGAUUCCACUCUUAGUUCCAGGGCUCAACUACCCGAUUGACACUUUUGUGGAGUGUCUUAGUGACAAGGGAAUAUCCGAUGUCAUUAAGGUAUUUGUCCUUCAAAUAGGAAGGUCCAACCCUUUGCUGACUGCUCAUAUCAACAUGCCAGUUAGUGAGGGAAUGGCUUUGUGCUAAGUAAGAAAAAAGCACCUGCAAAAGAAUUUCAAUAGACUGUAUAGUGAGUACCAAGGAUAUCAUUUAAUGACAGUAAUAGAGAGCUAUGUUUAACUCUGCUGCAGUAGAGGAAAUAUAACUUGUCCCAAAAGAAUUACAGAAGCAAGUGAAGUGAAAGUUAUUUCAUGAGACAAUACCAAGGACUAAACAUAAUACUGUGUAACGUUUAGAUUGAUGUACAUGUAAAAUGUGUAUCAUUUUUAAUACCUAAAAGUGUAUAGUAUAUAUAUUUUAAAAAAUCUGCACUGUUUUGCUUUUACAAUAUGUGUGUGUGUUUGUGUGUGCGUAUGUAUGUAUGUACAUAUAUAUAAAUAUAUGUAGAUUAAAUUAUAUCUUUUGAAAGUGUGUUGUUCUUUUCUAAAUAAUAUGGAACAUCAGCUGAUUGGUGGAUGAUAAAUAUUAUGCUUUUUUUGGUAAAUAAAAAUGCCCACAUAAUAUGUUUGUGUAUUAUCUUAGGAUAAACUGUGUGCUAUUGUGUAACAAAUACUCCCAAUUACUUAA